UCUGGUUCCUGGUUCGAUUUCUAAACAUCAUUUCGGGCAGUUUUCGAAAAUAAGCAUAGUCGAGGAAAUGGGCAAUUUCAUUGAAGCUUUGAUGACUGUGUCUACCAAAUGAAGUAAUUCAUAGUAUAGUCUUAAUGAUAAAAUUUAGGUUUUGAAAUCAAAUGAGAAACAACGAAAGCAAGAAUAGUGUUGAAGAAGGAUAAAUAAAAAUGGAUUACGUUCAGCGAACAUUACGGGAGGCUAAAGUUUGUCUUCUAGGGGACAGUGGUGUUGGAAAGUCAAGUCUUGUUCUCCGCUUUGUAUCAGAUAGAUUUGACCCAAAACAGAGUGCUACAAUAGGUGCUUCUUUCAUGUCAAAAACAAUUGGUAUUGAUGACCAAACUGUAAAGUUUCAAAUCUGGGACACAGCAGGACAAGAGCGGUAUCAAGCAUUGGCCCCGAUGUAUUACAGAGGAGCUGCUGCUGCCAUAGUUGUCUAUGAUAUUACAAAUGAGGCAUCAUUCAACUGUGUCAAAAAAUGGGUCAAGGAACUAAACCAGUUUGGGCCUAAAGACAUCGUGAUUGCAAUUGCUGCAAAUAAAAAGGAUUUGGAAAGUAAUAGAGAGGUGCCAAGAGAAGAGGGUCAACAAUAUGCAGAGGGUAUCGAUGCUCUAUUUGUUGAAACCUCUGCCUUGACUGCAGAAAAUGUCGAUACAAUAUUUGUCAAUAUUGGUAGAAAGCUGCCUUUGGAAACAACAAGAUAUCCCUACCAAACGAUGCCAAGACGUGAUUUAUACGAAUCUGACAGGAGACCAAGUGCUUGUUGCAAAUAACUAUUUUUCAAAGUGAAUUAACGCUAGUCGAUGGAGUUAAGUCAAGAUACUCCUUAAUUUUAGAAUUAAUUGAAUUUUUCCUAUGUCUUAACGUAUUCGGGGUUAUUGGAACGAUGAGGGUAGCAAGACAGCAGUCUUCUUGGCUGCAAAGAACGGGUGGUCCCUUUAGUUUCAUAAAAUAACAUAUUUUCAUUUGGGCACAUUUAGGCAUUAAUUUUCACUUGCCUCUUUCAGAUUUCUUCCUAGUGCUGUUUGCAAAAUAUAUAAGUUUAAAUGUAGAUGCUAACAAGAUUUUGUUUUGAAACCAUUCGUCCUUCUAUCAGGACGUGAUUUUCAUAGUUUUAUAGAAUCUUGAUCUACCAUUCAAGAAUAUCUAUCAUUCAAAGAAAUUGGCUCAUUAUAGCACCCCAGAAAACAGCUGAUAAGUUCGCUUGCAAACACUCGGCCUAGAAAAUGUCAGAAUUGGAGCAAGAAAUGUAGGAAAGGUUAUUAAGCUCUCAACAUUUAACGGUGACACAAAUGAAGCUUUUACAUCAACAGUGCUUGGUCUUUUUUGCCAAAAAAAUAUUGAAAAUUGAACUGUUUUCAACCCACAUUUAAAAUCUACAUCGAAAGCAUACGGAUUCAACCCCACCACCUCCCCACAAUGGUCGAAAGCCCUUAAACAUUAUUUGUUUUUUCCUUCCCAACAUGGGAUAGUAUGGUUCCAUAAAUAUACUUGAGUGCUUGUAAAAUUUUCCAUAGAUACUUUUGUCCUGCAAUAUCAGGUAACAAUAUAACUUCGAAUCUAAAAUACAAUUUUACGUAGAAAAAAAGAACGAAUUAUACUACGUUAUUUCAAGCAUGGCUGGUUAUGAAUCACCCCCAUGAUAACAGGCUGUGCUUGAGACGUCGUUAAUGUUAUUCACUCUUUCUUUCUACGUACAAUUUAUUUUAGAUUCAAAGUUAUAUCAUAUACAGGGCCCACGCCGCGAAUUCGAAAGUGGGGGGGGGACAAGGCUAAUGAAAGCGAGGGGGCCAAGGCUACUCUCACCUUUGAUUGUAGCUUUGAAAUUACCUGCUUCACAAAAAAGUGGGGGACCAUGGCUAGCCCCCCCCCCCCCCCUCCCUCGGUGGCGUGGGCCCUGAUUAUACUACUACUACCACGGUGCUUUCAGGAGCUACAAUUUGUUUUUAAAAGAUUUUGAUCCUGAGGAUCCUGAAAGAUCCGAAAUUUUUUCAUUACAUGUGUAGAUAGUUAUUUGCUUCGAGCUUCAUUCCAAUUUUCAAAUAAAUUUGAUUUGUGGAAAAUUUCUAUUUGCAAUAAUAGAUUGAAAUGCUUUGUAAUCGAUGAUCGAAAACGCCUAUUCAUAAUUUUUGACGAAUGAAUAGCCUUUUCAUAAAAAAUUAAUAUAAUUCAAGCUAAGUAAUUCAUAUUCUUUUGAAUGUAAACAAAAAAUUCUUAAAUCUGGGAUUGUUGCUAUUGGACAACCACUGCUGCAGAGCCAAUAUAGAUAUGUGAUUUCCUAUUAAUUUGAGUUGUUUAAUUUCACAGCUUUUUUCAUUAUUUUCAUAGUUAUUUUCAAAUUCUAAAAUGUGCCAAAGUUACGUUAACUCAAAUAGAUUUUUGUAACCAUAUUCUUGUCCAUAUGUAUUUAUGAUUUAUAACUCUAGAUUUUUCUGAAGGUGUGAAACUCAGAUAUUUUAUGCUUUUCUCGUUUUGAAAUGCAGCAAUGGUA